AUGGACCGAUCCAACCUCGUGGGUCGCGCAGUAGAGAUCGCUGAUGUGGCUCGCAACCUCGCAGACGAGUUAGCGCAGCGCGCACUGCCAGAGCCUUCGUUUGAGCACGGCCUGCCUCAUCCCUUGCGGGGUGAUGCACCCGACUCGAAUGUGCUGGCAGCUCGCGUGAAGCUACUGGGUCUGUUGGAUGAAUUCCGUGAUCUGCUGACGGAGCCGUCCCUGCUGGGUAGCCAAGAAUUGCGGAGUCCGUCUAUGAGUAUGCUGGUAUUGGUCCGUCUCGGGGUUUUCACCUCCUUCCCAAGCGAGGGAACCUACGUCCAGGAUCUUGCAUCUCGACUAAACCUGGGGGAGCAUUUAGUUCGUCGGCUUCUUUCGCAUGCGGCUACGUAUCAUGUCUUUUUCCAAGCGAAGCCCGAUUUUUUCGUACACACAGCCGGCUCUCGCGUAUUGGCUGAGAACGAAGGCUUGCGUGCUUGGAUCCUGAUUGGCCUAAAUGAGACAAUGCCGGCUACCUUUCGCAUCGCCGAUGCCCUAAUGCGGUACCCUAACUCGGAAGAACCACAACACAGUGGCUGGAACGUGCAGAAUAGCACAGAUCUCCCUAUCUUCCAGGCCUUUGCCAACAUGCCGCAAUAUGCCAGCGUCUUCUCCAAUGCCAUGACAUGGUAUGCCCAGCUCCCCGGCUACUCACCACAAUACUUGAUCGAGUAUUUCCCCUGGGUAUCAGCUGCAGAACAGAUCGUGGUCGACGUGGGCGGUGGGAUUGGGCAUAUCGCGUGCGCACUGGUUUCUCACAACCCGACCGUUCAAUGCAUCGUGCAGGACCGCGCUGAGGUGAUCUCACCGGCUGAAGUGGCCCAUCACUUUGAAGAAAUCCCAGCGGAGCAGCGCCGUCGCAUUCGCUUCGAGGUACAUGAUUUCUUCCAGGCGCAGCCUAUCCACGGGGCAGAUGUGUAUCUGCUGCGACAGGUGCUGCAUAACUGGUCCGAUAAAUAUGCGCGCAGGAUCUUGCAGGCUUUAAUCCCGGCGCUGAAGCCCGGAGCCAAAGUCGUGCUGAAUGAACGUGUCGUCCCAGGCUAUGGAGAGGCGCAUUAUCUAGAGGAGCGCGAAGUUAGGGAUUAUGAUAUGUAUAUGUUGGGCUGGCAGAAUUCUCAGGAGCGCACCCGAGAUGAUUGGAAUGCUCUAUUGCAAGAGGCGGACUCGCGAUUUAAGCUGACGCGCGUGUGUAAAUCGCCAAAGUCGUACCUGGCAGUUCUCGAGGUGAUUUGGGAUGGUUGA